AUGCAUUAUACACCAUUAUUUCCUUAUUUCGCUGAUAUAAAAACAGCUUUUCAUGUACUAUGUGAUGAAUAUUUCACAGAAGAUAAUGGUACAGGUGUUGUUCAUCAAGCUCCAUAUUUUGGAGAAGAUGAUUAUCGUGUUUGUUUUGUAAAUGAUGUUAUCAAUAAAGAUACAGGAUCUGUUGUUUGUCCAAUUGAUGCUCAAUGUCGAUUUACGGAUGAAGCUAAAGACUUUCAAGGACAAAAUGUAAAAGAUGCUGAUAAGACUAUUAUAAAAUACCUAAAAGAAGCUGAGAGACUUGUUCAUCAAUCAGUAAUGUUACAUUCAUAUCCAUUUUGUUGGAGAAGUGAUACAACAUUAAUUUAUCGUGCUGUUCCAUCUUGA